AUGGACACAACCACCGCCAGCUGGGACUUUGCACCCGCCGUGCCCGACAACCCCGACGAAUGGGAGGACUGGUUGCGCAUGGACUUCGCCGACGAUCCCGUUUCGCCCAAUAGUUCAACCAAGACGAGCAACAACUCUCCCAUGCAAGACAUCAACUUCAAUGCCGACCAAUUUCCUCCUUUGAAUGUCGACGAGACACUUGCGCCGCCACUGAUAGUUGGCGACGAUGCCAACUUUGGCGACUUUUCCUUCGCCGACGCCGCUUUCGACUUUGGCCCAGCUCAACCCAACACCAAGACCGACGACCUACCAUUUCUCUUUGGCGCCGAGUCCAGCAAUUUACAACCCCUCGUGGACCACUUGCACACUGGUCCAAAAGAGGCUUCACCCUCAUCUUCAUCUUUAUGGCCACCCAUUGGCCAGAACAUCAAUGCACCCCAGCAGGGCGAACUGCUCGCCCCUAUAAUCCUCGGUAGCAACGACUACCCUGCAUCUGGACCAGCAUCCGUCUCGAGCACAAGUCAACACCGUAGUAGUCCUGCCUCCACAUCACAUGCCCGCACGAGCGUAUCGUCCAUAUCACCUGCACCAGAGCAAGCGGAACAACCUGCAAAGAAGAAGGGUGGAAGGAAGCGAAAGGUGUCGAACAGCGAUGAGGAACAACAGAGUCCAGAAGAUGGAGGACCUCCGAUCAAGAAGACGUCGCACAAUGUCAUCGAGAAGCGAUACCGCAACAACUUGAACGACAAGAUUGCCGAACUUCGUGACAGCGUGCCCAGUCUCAGAGCCAUGUCGCGACCCAGUGGCAACGAUGAUUCUGAGGAUCUCGAGGGCCUGACACCAGCGCAUAAGUUGAACAAGGCCACAGUGUUGGCUAAGGCUACUGAAUACAUCAAACACUUGGAAAAGAGAGCAAAGACACAGGCAGACGAGUUGACUCAACUCAAGACUCGCAUGGCAAAUAUGGAGAAGGUCAUGGCAAGGUCCGCUACUGCCAACCAGCAUGCCGGUAUCCUCACACCCGCCAUUGCUCGCUCAAGGCAGGGCUCGAUUGCCUCUCAAGCACCGAGACGUAUUCAGCAAGACCAAUAUAUGCAACAACAUUCCCAACCCGCCUACGAACCUCAAGAAACCCUCGUCGAGCCUGGACAGAACAACCUUGUCAACGCUCAGGGUGCAGGCAAUGGCUUCGUCGGCAAACUCAUGGUCGGCUCGUUGGCUGCUCUCAUGGUUAUGGAAGGCUUCCACGAGCAAGAACAAGAUUCUCACUCUACAUCUGGAAGAGGCCUAUUUGCUGCCCCUGUGCACUUGAUCAAGCGUGGUCAAUUCCUCAGAUCUCCAUCACAUGCUGCCUAUGGCUCGUCAGCCCAGGCUGCGCUUCCUCUACUCAAGACUUUCUUGGUCUUUGGUGCCUUCAUCUAUAUCCUCCUUCCUCUGCUUCGUUUCAAACCACAACCAAAGCAAAAGCACUCGAUCCGUAUCUGCCUCACCGCCGCACCUUCUCUUGCUUCCCCGGUCGAAGUCCGCCGUAAGGCUUGGCUUACCGCUGUGCAAAGUGUCUGGAUGCCUCGUCACUUCUUGCUUGAAGUUGUCUCUGUGACAUGCAAGAUGAUCAUGCUUAGUCUGCGUCGUCUCGUCGGCUCUGAGUUCUACUCGCGUGUAUCCGGCAAGACUCCCGACGAUGAGGCUGCUCGUAUCAAAGCAUGGGACAUUGCUAUUGACGCUCAACUUGCUGGUGGUGACGCCGAGGUCAGCUAUUACCGCUUGCUGCUUACCCUCAUGGCCUCUGGUACUCUUCCAGACUCUCCCAUCCGUCUCAUGCAAAAGGCUGUCCACUUCCGUAUCUUCUUCUGGGAAGUCGCUAAUGCUGGUUAUGGCAACAUGUUCAUGUUCGGAGACUUCACUGCCAAGGUGGGCAGGAUUUACUGGGACUCUGCUCGCAAACAACAACACGCCCUUGCUGCCGGCGAGUACACUGAGAAGCAGAUUGCCGAUGACAAGAUCGAGAAGCUGCCUGAUUACCUUGCCGAGCUGAUCGAGCUCGACUGUGACGAUGUUCUGACUGAUGAGAUGAUCCAACGUGCUUACAACCUCGCAUGGAACAGACCCAGUGCUGAGAAGACCAUCCCUAAUCAGACCAUGAACAGUGUGGUGGAAGAUCACGCUAUUCGAUCCCCUCUUGACGCUGUUGCUGCUUGGUUCGCCAAUAUGACCGUCGACGCUGCACUUACUCGUGCCCUGGACAGCGAUACCAAGACUGCGACCGAUGUACAAUAUCUCAUCGACUUGGCCAACAAGACUGCUCCUCCUGCGUCGGCGACCCAAACCCGCGCUCAUGUGGCAAAGGCUGUCCUUCUUGACAGCGGCCGUGCAGCACACAUCAUUGCCGCUCUGGAUACUCUACCAACGGUCACAUCUACUGACGGCCUGGAUAUGCCCUCAAACAUGAUCACCCAUACACCCAUCUCCCCAGACACACACAGCGCUCUUACCCUUGCGAAGAUCCUCUCCAUCGUCUCACCUACCAAUCCUACUCCUGCGCGUGUGCAUGCCGCCUCUGUUCUGUCUUCAAUGCACCUCAUGCCCAACAGAAUCACACUGCUCACCGCUGUUGCUGCUUACAAGGUUCUGUCAGCUUUCUCAUCUGAUGCUCUACUUUUCAACAGUGGCAAGGUUGGCUUAGAUGACAUGGCUGGCAACCUCAGAGUAUGGAUUGGUACUCGUGCUGCCAAGACUGCAGGUUUGACCAGAGAGCAGAAAGCUGCGAUCGUCGAGUCUUGUCUCGGUGUCAGCAAACGUGUGGGCGGUUGGAAAGACGAAGAAGAGAAAGACAGCGGGCGUUUCAAGAUGGAGAAUGUGUCUCCCAGCAAGAGCUUGGUUGAAGACCCGGAGGAUACAAGGCAUAGAGACGGAUAUGGGUAUUGGGUUUUAUGGAGGGUUAAUGGUGUUCUUCCCGAUGUCGUUUCCCCCAUGUCCGCCAUCCUGGCCUACGAACAGCAAAACUCCAUCCCCAUCGGCUGGAUCAACACCGCAAUCUCAGCCUCUGGCAAAACCGGCUCGUGGGCAAAACUCGAACGCGGACAAACAUCCCUCGACACCUCCUUCUUUUCCGCAUUCACCUCUGACCUCUGCGACGAAAAGCUAUGGCGAAACUUCUACAUCAAGUACUUGGAAAAGAGCAGAAAAGAAAGUACAGCACAAGCAGCAGAGGAAGCCUUGUUCAAUGCCCCCGCUGCUCCGAAAAUCGAUGGGGAAAAACUGUUUUGGGAGAUGAUGACGGUGUCGAGGAAGCCUGAUCCUUAUAUGUGGCCUGCACUGCAAAAAUUGAGGAAACAUGCAGAAGAAAAGGGAUAUAUUCUUGCUGCGUUGAGCAAUACUUCCAUCUUUCCUUCUGGACACGAGUUCAACUCUUCCACUUCACCGGAUGGAGUGUUUCACUCUCAGUUACGCGGGCUUUUUGAUUUGUUUGUUAGUUCGGCGCAUGUGGGAAUGAGAAAGCCGGACGAAGAGAUUUAUCAUUAUACGAUAGAUGCUUUGGAUAAGCUUGCUAGGGAAAGAGGAGACAAAGAUGGAGUUGCUGCGGGAGAUGUUGUCUUCUUCGACGAUAUCGGUACGAAUUUGAGGACGGGGAGGAAAGUGGGUAUGAGGACUGUCAAGGUAGAGCUGGGGAGGGCGGAUAAAGCCGUGGCGGAGUUGGAGAGGUUGACUGGGUUGACGUUGAAGGGCGAGUCUGCCAAGUUGUAG